UAUUCACAGAGAGCCAAACGGCACGUAUUCUCGCAGCUAGCUAGGGUUUUGGAGUGAGAAUAAUCUUCUUUUCAGCUUUGCGUUUUUACUCCACGUUUUCUUUGCUUCUGCAUCUGUGCUUCCAUCAUCUCCAUAUUCUCUCGAAGAGAGGGAGAGACAGAGAGAGGAGAGAAUGUUGGACAUCAAUCGAUUCAGAGUAGAGAAGGGUGGCAAUCCAGAAGAGAUUCGGGAAUCCCAACGCCGCCGGUAUGCCGAUGUUGAGAUCGUCGACGAGGUCAUUAGGCUCGACAGAGAAUGGCGACAGCGACAAUUUGAGCUUGAGAGUCUUCGCAAGGAGUUCAACAGGAUCAACAAGCAAGUUGCUCAGCUUAGAAUUUCAGGUGAGGAUGCUAGUGGUAUGAUUAAGAGUACAGAAGAUCACAAGAAGUUGACAGCAGAGAAAGAAAUUGAAGUUCGGGAAGCCUUAAAGCAAUUAAAUUCAAAAUUGGAAAUUAUUGGGAACCUCAUUCAUGAUACGGUACCUGUUAGUAAGGAUGAGGCAGAUAAUGCUGUGAUUAGAUCGUGGGGUGAGAAACGUGUAGAGCCUAAACUAAAGAACCACGUAGAGCUUGUUGAGCUUCUUGGUAUUGCUGAUCUGAAGAAAGGUGCUGAAGUAGCUGGUGGGAGAGGUUUUUACCUGAAAGGAGAUGGUGUACGCCUUAAUCAAGCUUUGAUUAACUUUGGUCUUGACUUUUUGGAGAGGAGGGGAUAUACAGCAUUGCAGACUCCAUUUUUUAUGAGACAAGAUAUCAUGGCAAAGUGUGCUCAAUUAGCUCAGUUUGAUGAAGAACUUUACAAAGUAACUGGUGAGGGAGAUGACAAAUAUCUGAUUGCAACAGCUGAGCAGCCACUUUGUGCAUAUCAUUUGGAUGAUUGGAUCCACCCUUCCCAGCUACCAAUAAGAUAUGCUGGAUAUUCAUCGUGUUUUCGCAAAGAAGCUGGAUCACAUGGUCGUGAUACUUUGGGAAUAUUUCGAGUUCAUCAAUUUGAGAAAGUGGAGCAAUUUUGUCUUACUAGCCCAAAUGGCGAGGACUCUUGGGUCAUGCAUGAGGAAAUGAUAAAGAAUUCUGAGGACUUCUACAAGAUGCUAAACAUCCCCUAUCAAGUUGUGGCCAUUGUUUCAGGUGCUUUGAAUGAUGCAGCUGCAAAGAAGUAUGAUUUAGAAGGAUGGUUUCCUGCGUCCCAAACUUAUAGAGAAUUGGUAUCCUGUUCCAACUGUACGGACUACCAGUCCAGGAAAUUAGAAAUACGUUAUGGGCAAAAAAAGAUCAAUGAGCAGACAAAGCAAUAUGUCCAUCUGUUGAACUCUACACUUACAGCAACAGAGAGGACAGUUUGCUGCAUUCUCGAGAACUACCAGAAGGAAGAUGGUGUUGCAGUACCAGAUGCAUUACAGGCAUUUAUGGGUGGAAAGACCUUCCUUCCUUUCAAAAGCAAACCGGCAAGUGAAGCCAAAGGGAAGAAAUCGAAGGCCUAGUUUGUUAUUAAUUGGAAAUUUAUACAGUGAAAAUUUAUGAUGUUUCAUGCUACUGUCUACGCUCUAAACAAAGCCCUAACCAACCCAACCCCUCUCUCCCAAAAGAAGAAAAGACAUUGAGAGAGAAGAGAAAGGAAACAUCACAAAGAUAAAGUAUUUUGAAUGCAUUUUGGAAAAAAGCUGGAACUUUGACUUUUUGAUACAUUGGUGUUUUAAGUUAAUUAUUGAAAUUGUGUUUUGCAAACUAGUUAAAUUUGGGUUUUAGGCUUCUCUGUUAUUAUAUCAACAUUUGAUCUCAGCUACUAGUAGAAUACAAUUAUUGGUUUGUGUAUUAUCUACACGUUGAAAAGACAUUUCUGUAUUUCAUUUA